AUGGCUGGCCAAGCCGACAAGAAGCAGGCCAAAAAGGCCGAGUCUUCCACUCAGUACUACCUGUAUGCCAUCAUCGCAGUGAAUGCGUUGUAUUUUCUGGGCCGUGUGGUGAUGUUCUGGUCUUCAAUGGGCAAGUGGAAUCUGUGCGGCAUGCUACUUUUCACUGGAGUGUCCUACUUCACGUUCGGCGCCAUCAAGAGCUCUCUGGAAAUCGGAGCGAACUAUGAGAUGUACCUGGACCUCUUCCUCGUCAACCUGGCAACACAAGCCCUGGUAACCUUGAGCGACUACGGCUGGCUGCUGUAUCUCGCAGUUCCUGGCUAUGCUGGCUGGAAGGUUGUGAAGCUUGUCAUGGACUAUGCUUGA